GCGAUGGCAGCAUCCAAAGUCUACCUGGAGGCGCUGACGAAGGUGGCCAGACACUCGCAGCAAGGUCUCUGGGGAGGGUCUUCGGAUAUAGGAAUGUGUCUCAUGCAGAUGGUGGACGUCUAUAAGGAAGUACAGAGCCAACAGAUGAAUAUACUCAAGGCAUUCUACGUGGACCUUCUCGUGCCGCUGGAGACGAUUGACAAAGAUACGAAAGUAUUGCAGAGCGAGCAGAAGAAGUUCCUCUCCUCCCACACACCGUUGGAGACCUAUACGAAGGCCGCGGCGCAGGUGAAGAAGCAGAAGAAGAAGAAUAAGGGAAACAAAGGCGCCAUGGACAAGGAGAUCAAGCAAUUCCAGGCCCUGGAAGAGGAGAAGUGUAAAAUGGACGGUUUCGUAGAACAGUCUCUCCAGAAUGCUGUAACCCAGGAGCGCAGACGCUACGGCUUCAUCCUUGAGCGUCAAUGUUCUCUAGCAAAACACUACCUUGCCUUCCACACCAAAGGAUCCAGCCUCCUUCAGCACAACUUAGACAACUGGCAUGAAAUUGCCAAGACACGCGAGGGACUCCCAGACAGAAUACAGGCCAUGCUACCAUCCUCUAGACCUCGGGAUGAAGGAAUCUACUCAAGCCCCCUGUGCCUCGACGAUGACAACAUGUCUGUAACAUCUCAGAUGAGGAAAGCCCGUUCAGUGGAUGCUUCGUGCCAAGACCUAAGUAACAUCACAGAUGAUAUACCAUCUCGGCCAAUGACCAGAGCAAGAUCAGAGUACAACCUGGCUAUGAACCACACUACUCCCACUCCAAACAUGAUGCUGCGUCGUUCAAUGGCAGUGCCGGAGGAUAGCGGAAAACGGACGAUGGCCCGAGCACUCUAUUCAUAUCUGCCAAGUGGUGACAAUCAACUCUGCUUCACUGAAAAUGAUCUAAUUGCUCUUAUAGGAGAAAAGAAUAAAGGCUGGCAGUACGGAGAAAAUUUACGGACACAGAGAUGCGGAUGGUUCCCAGUGGCUUAUACAGAAAUCAUCCACGAGGAAGAUGACUCAGCACUAGGGUAUGCACUAGGAUCCUUGACAACCCCAGAGAGUGCCAGUUCCGUAGAGGCCCUUCGAUCCAACCCUCCUGCUACAGGCAAUGAUGAGCAUAAAAGCCGACCAUUCUCUACCCACAUACCCCAUACCCCGAGGUAUCCAACGAUGCACAGGUCGUCUUCAUCUGGGCCACAGUUCCGAGCCCAUAGUCCCGCCACCACCUCCAAUGCCAGUACCACCGCUUCUACCGCGGGCCCUCAACUGUCACAGCCCCCCACCUCAACUUCCUCCUCUGCCAAAUCAUCUUCAUCAUCAUCAUCACAUGUAGGCUUAAACUCUUCCCAUGAGACCUUGAGAACAUCCACCACCAUGUCCUCAAGUGCUAACACUGUCCUUUUCAACCCUGCCCAUUUAGAUCCACCAGGUGCCAGAGUUUCUAUCUCUACCCUAAAGAAAUCACCAAGCCAGCCUUCGACACACAUGAGAUCUAGUUCCAACCAUUUCACCAGUUCCUUAACUUCGAGCUCUUCCUCCAUGACCCUCAGUCGAUCCUUCACCAAUGCAGCCGCUUCUUCCCACCUCUCUACGCGAUACCAGAAGAGAGGAAGUGGAAACUCUUCUUCUUUCCAUUCGAGUGACGACAGCGGCUUCAGCAAUGAGAGCGGAAGUCUAAGACCGCCCGUCAACCCUGAGGCAGACUACUCUGAUGAUGACAUUAAUGGAUUUGUCCAAAAUUCCAUGAAAAGCCUCAGCUCCAGGUGGGUUAGGUCCCAGUCAAUGCUCCAGUUGGAUGAUGAAUCCUCAGCGAACAUCUACCAGACAGGGGACGAAUCCAGUCUGAAUCAUGGCUUGCAGUACUUCCCUGAUCAAGAUGCCACUAAAACCCUCCCAACGCCAGGCAGAAAGAGAGCAAACAAGAAACACAGGGAUCUGUCACUUCCUCCAAUGUCUAUAGACCACUUUGUAACGAUGGCACGCAGGAAAACCAACAAGAACUUGAAAUCUCCUUGUGCUCAGAAAAUUGCAGCUCAAAGAGAACGCAGUCGGGAGCAAGAGAGGGGAAGAAAGGGUUUGCGAAGGAGCUCAUCACUUCUAUGCCUGGGCAUGGAUUCAUGCCACAGUGCUCCAGAUGAUGGGCAGAGUGCUGAAUAUGAAGAUGUCUGGUCAGAAGACUGGAAACAUUCUUCACUGGUUGAUAUACAUGUGGAUAUCCCAGAGCCUCCACCAUUCAGCCCCCCAGAGCCACCUACAACCCCCAAUAAUAAAUCAGUAAUUGAUUAUUCUGUGAGGCCUCCCAUGCCUUUACCACACGACAUAGAAGAUUCGUCACCCAAUUCCUCAUUUCUUACCAUGUCCAGCCAAAGAACUCAUCAAAAUUCAUCAUCUGGCAACAGUACUUUGACAGGAAGUGAAGAGGAAGAUGAAGAAAUUUAUAUGGUUGUGAGCGAUCAUCGGUGUCAGUACCAAAAUUCAUACGCAAGAGGUCGCAGAAAGCAGCUUUCUCGCUCCCUAACCUGGGCUUCCCCAGCAAAUCGAGCCUCCCCACCAACACCCCCUCCACCCAUCACCUUGACUUCAGUGAUUAUGUCUAAAGCUGAAAGGAUCAGAAAGAGUCGAACUACACCUCGACGACCUGACUGUCGUCCCUCUUUCAAAGAAUCAAGCCAGCUAGAUGAAUCUCAACAGCAGCCAAACUCUGACCACUUUCUGAGCUCAGCUGUAAAGUCACCGUCACCGCCAAUUCCUCCUAAAAAGAGAUCACAAGUAUCUCGCCCUCCUCAUCCCCUUCCACACGAAAUGCCUCAGUCAUACCAAGAUCAGAGAAGUGAGGGAACCUCCUGGCACUAUUCUAGUAAUGUAAACAUCUUUAACUACAGUGACUUUAUGAACAGACGACUAAAGUGUCCAGAGGGUAUCUCUCGUAUAGAUCAACAGUCUUUUACCUCAGGAAACCUAUGUGGACCAUGGUAUGACUUGUGGGCAGAUGACCCCUCUGUAGCUGAUGUGUAACUAAGAGUAAUUUGUUCAAAAAUUUUAAAGCACCAAUAAUAAUACUUCAGUGACAAAAAAUGCUCAUAAAAAGAAGCCAAAUAAAGUUCACACACUUUGCGUGUUAGCAUGAGAUGGUGUGACUUGCUCAUGUAUGUUAAGAGUUCAUUUUAGUGCCAUUGCGGUACGCAACGAUAUGUGUGCAUCCAUAGAAGCCUUGUGUGUCUGUGUCUUUAGUCUGAAAUUUUUUUUGUAAAUCUGCAUGAGUCUACUGCCUUCAGGUAAAUCUCAAUAUAUUUGUGUAUAUUUUGCAUGACAGGUAGUCUGCAUUCAUAUCAAACUGUAUAUUUAAGCAAAUGAAGCUAGUUUACAGUAAUUUCAACUAUGCCAUUGGGUACUUUAUUUACUUAAAGUGCGCUAUCCGGAAAACUAAUGGCUCCGUCUUACCAUUAUGAACAUCUCCCCAGACAUGUUGAAUUCGAUAAAGGACCAAAAAUGUGUCUGGAAUGAAAUCAGACUAAAAGGUCUGUUCGUAAGUUAGUAAGCCUUUAGUGCAUAGACCUUGUCUCACUUUGUUCUUACUGAUUACUUACAGUAUAUAUUUUCUAAUUUGAUGUCCUGUGUAUAUUUUGCUUGAAUUUUAUGUUAAUUUUAGUGACCCUAUACCUUCCGUGAUGUGUGAUUGUUUCAACUGUGACUUGUCCCUUGUCAUGUGAUGUGUCAAUCUUACCCAGUAUACUUUUAUGUUUUAAACUUGGUCUUAUGAAGUUUUUGUGCAGAGGAGUUCAAAUAUUAACUUAAGGAAAAAAUAUAUCUAAUUUGUGAGGACAGCAUUCAUUUCUUGUCACAAAGCAAGGAUUCUUAGCUAGUACUAAACAUUGGCGAUAUCUAUUCAGGAACUACAUAAUGCAGUAUAUAGUAUUUUUAAAUACGUAUAGCAAAUUACAACUGGUCAUAUAGUGAACAUAUUUUUAUACUUUGUACUGUGAUUGUAUGUAAUUCUCAGGACGACAGGUGAAACCGAUCGCAGUAGUGGUCAAAGCAAGGAGGCGAAGCGAAACAACACUUCUCAAGGUUCCUUCAAGAAAUCUGACAGGAAGGGCCACAGAUAGAGAUAUCUGGGCAUAGGUACCUCUUCAUGUGAUCUUAGUGAAUGUUAGUGAGAGCGACGUGCAUGUCCUGUUUUAAAGACGUGCUUUGGUACAGUACUUCAUGGGGCGUAGGACUAUUUUAAAUAUCCCAAGGCUUAGUCUUUUUAUACUUCCUUAAAUUGUAUAGUACAUAUUGUAAUAAAUAAAAUUACAUAAGUAGUUAUAUAUCCACAGCGUAUGGAUAAAAAGUUAGUUCAUAUUUGUAAAUACAGAAAUUCAAUGUAAAUAUAAGUCAAAUAUACACAUCCAAUAGUACUAGCAAAAGUGGUGAUAAGCUUAUAUACAGUCUACUAACCACAUAUGCUGUGUUCCUGUUUUGAAUGCAGUGCAGGGUUUUGACAUUUUUUAUAUAGGUGCAUAAACAUAUUUUACGAAUGAAAACAACUCUAUAGUUGAAUCAUCAGGUAAAAUAUGAAAUUUCAGUUAAAGAAGUUUUCCACAUAUUUAUCAACAGUAAGUACAAGUGACUUGGCAAUAAUCACAAGUACAGUACUGAUACUAAUAAACAUUAUGCAUUAUACUCAUUUUUAAUUUUGCUAACAUAUACAAAAUCCAAUAAAUACAUACAUAAACAUAAUACAUAGAAGAAUAAACUACAAGGUCAUCAGUUAUCUACCCUAUCUAUCACCCAAUUUUAUUAACAGAUAAAGUAUUGUUUUAAUAAGAUUUUAAAUAGUUACACACACACACACCCUUACCUUGUUUAACCCUACUUUUAUUACCAAGUAGUCUUUUGUGAUUUCUAGCAUUAAAUAAAGUUGAGCACACCUGAAUCAGGAGUGCCCAGCUCAUGCAAGAGUGAUGUAGAAAUAUAUGAAAAAAAAUAAAAAAGGUCGGUAAAUAUAUAUAUAUAAAUAUUACUCUAC